GUACCUUCUGGCCCCCUGUCAAAUGUACUACUGUAAUGUACUAAGCGUUGACCGAUCUAAAUAUCCCGCCGCGCACCGCACUCCGCAACGCCCUCACCGUAUCUCUCAUUGGGGGCAACCCGUCUUGUCCAUCACCAUGCCAACUCCACCGUGAAGCGACUAUCGUCAUCCCUCCCGCCGGCUGUCUCCAUUGCUGCCCCUCUUCUUUUUCCCACACCCGUCUUUGGAUCCCUUCACCUCCGCCAGUCAGUCGCAUUGCCGCGCGCCCGUCCUUCCACGACGCUCUCUAUCCUAGCGUCUUCCCUUUCACUUGUACAUAUUCAUACUGGUAGUGUCGCCAUUCAUGUCGCCUCCAGCCACGCUCCGAAGCUCCCCAAUUUCGAUAAUAUAGACACCCGCGACCAACUUCGCUCGCGUGUCCUCGCUGCCCGCCGCCCCCGCCGUCUCUCCUUGUCUCGCCGCCCAGAUCCCGCUAGCACCAAUGCUCAUGAAGAAGAUGUGGAUAGUGGAGGAGCGGAAGGAUAAGACUGUAUACCGUCGCCGCUGUCCUACGGGCGGAGAAGUCCUCUCCUUCUUCUUCGUCUCGGCAUGCGCCCUGCUCUUCCUCAUCAUCUGCACCAUUCUCUACGGCACGCGCACGCAGAACCCUUCUCUACCCCCGCUGGUAAAGGAAUACAUGCCCGCGGGCCGCUGUUUAUGCGAAUUCAGUACGACCUUCUCCUGCGACACUUGCCUGGAUUGCGCUGCAAAUCAGGCUAUUCUCACGAUUAAUGCGACGGAGUUGGAGGAACAUGGCCUGUGGACUUUUACGUACCCAAGGGAUAAGAAUAAUUAUGGGCUGGAUGAGGCGCAGUGCGAUAGCGCUUUUCCGGGGCAAUAUGAGGAUAUUGAGCGUGCGGUUAAGGUGCGGAGUCGUUGGGGUAAGGUGACGCAGGCGGAUCUUAAUAGCUUCGAGCUUACGAAGGGGAUGGUGAGGGCUAUGGUUUAUGAUAGAGAGCUCUACAUCCUCGAGACUCACAUGGUCGAUAAUGUCAACCGUCAAAAAGCCAUUGCCACUCUCAGCGCUAUAUACCGCGCCGUUCUCGCCGCCCCCUCCACCGCCGAUAUCCCAAACAUCGAAUUCGUCUUCUCCGUGGAAGACCUCCCUGCUCAACCCGCCAAACCGAUCUGGUCCCUCACCCGCCGCGUCCAAGAUCACAACCUCUGGUUAAUACCCGACUUUGGCUUCUGGAGCUGGGACAUGCCCGCGCUGGGCACAUUGGAUGAGGUCGCUCAAGAAGCUGUUCAGCGAGAAGCCGUCGAGUCGUGGGACCAAAAGAUCGAGAAGCUAGUCUGGAGAGGCAAAAUCACUUUCGCGCCUAAGCUGCGGAGAGCGCUCCUCGAUGCAGCAAAAGGCAAGCCAUGGAGCGACGUCGGUCAACUUAAAUGGACGGAUCCAAAUUUCAAAGAGCAAUUCCUCGGUCCAGUGGAUCAGUGUAACUACAUGUUCAUUGCGCACGCUGAAGGCCGUUCUUACUCCGGCUCCCUCAAAUACCGCCAACUCUGCCGCUCAGUAAUUGUCUCGCACAAACUGCAAUGGAUACAACACCACCACUACCUCUUCCGCUCCAACGGCUCCAACCAGAACUUUGUAGAAGUCGAACGCGACUUUUCGGAUUUAUCAUCUGCUAUGGAGGAUCUGCUCGACCACCCCGAAAAGGCGAAGCGAAUAGCGGAUAACUCGGUUCAGGUGUUUAGGGAAAGAUACUUGACGCAAGCGGCAGAAGCAUGUUAUUGGCGGAAGCUUAUGAAGAGGUGGCGGAGUGUUGUCGAUUGGGAGCCGGUGUUGUAUGCGGGGAGUGGGGAGGAAAGGAAUAGGGAGAGGAGGAGGGGAGUAAGGUAUGAGACGUUCAUGCUUUACGAACCCAAAGUCCAACUUUCGUACCCUGAGUCGGCGCAUUGAGCUUGAGUCGCAGACUCGCUCGCAUACUUUUAUAGCAGCUGACCUUGUUUGGCUGGUGCUACAUCUUCUGGAGUAUAGGCGGAAUAGCUGUUGAAAGCGUUUAUACCCCUUUCGCGCUUGCGUAUCUUGUUUACUUGUUUAGCAGAUAGGGGAUUUCUAGAGCUAGGAAGUAAAAGCGAUGUUAACUGGUUACGAUACUAUGUAGAGUAAUACGUAAUAUGGCAUUGAUUCAGACA